AUUCUGCUUUUUUUGGAUAAGAAAAAAAGUUUUUCCUCUGGUCCCUAAUAUGUGAGGAAAAUUUAUCUGCAUUUAAAAUGUACCUGAAAGACCAAAUAUGUAAAGCACAUAAAUAUUAUGUAUACACAGUCAUAUGAAACAUAAUAUAUAUUUAUAGAUUUGCAUGUUUUCCACAAGUGACUUGUUGGUUAGUGUAGUAAAAUCCUGUUAAAAAUCUUUCAUGGCUUCUCUGAGCUGGUUUAACCAGUUUGAGUCAAACUGUGAACACAACAAGGGCAACACUGCUAUAGGCACUAAAUAUGCUCAUGUAUGAGUUUUUAUCUGACCAUGAAUUAGUCUGAAAAAGUUUGAAAAUUAGGCUGAAAAAGUUUGUUUACGUGCAGCCCUGAGCUGUUAACAUGGAUGUCAACACUGAAACAUUCUCAUUCAUAUCCUGAAUGAUGACAUUCCAACUGUGCAGCAAAUUACCAGCCAACAACUGGCCAAUAGGGCUUUAUUUCCUGUUUCCCAGCACUGCUAUACAGUGUGUCUUCACACUGCUGCAUGAUUUAAGUUACUCCCACAGACGGAGUUCUCACAGGAAAACCAAGAGCAUGCUACUUCAUGUCAAGAACAAUAGAAAGGCAGUUAGUGAGGCUUUCAAAGGACAAGUUUAAGUUGGAGCUAUAUGUUGCACACAGACGAAUCGUUAAGGACUUAAAUCUGAGGACUUGUGCUGUUUCAAACUGUGGAUUUGCUGUACUGUACAUGACAAACUAAUGAUCAUGUCACUACCAGAGGAGGAUCUUACUUGCCCUGUAUGCUAUGACAUCUUUACAGAUCCUGUUUUGCUGUCAUGUAGUCACAGCUUCUGCAGGAGCUGUCUGAAGCGCUGUUGGGACACCGGAUUACGGGAGUGCCCAGUAUGCAGGAAAAGAGCCCCAAAGUCCAGUGCUCCCUCCAAUUUGGCUCUGAAAAAUGUCUGUGAAGCUGUUUUGCAGGUCAGAAGACAGAGUUCACUGCUGGAGGAAGAAAAAAAGAUGAACUGUAAUCUCCAUGGGGAGAAGUUAAAACUCUUCUGUUUGGUUGACAAGCAGCCUAUUUGUGUGGUGUGUCAAUCGUCUAAAUUGCACAAGGGUCACGACUGCUCACCUAUAGAAGAAGCAGUGCUGGACUGCAAGGAUGAACUUUCUUUAACCCUGAAGAGCCUUCAGGAUAAAUUGGACAGCCAUAAAAGAAUUCACAUAAUCUCUGCAGGCAUGAUCAAGUACAUCAAGAGUCAGGCAGUGGAAACACAGAGAUUGAUAAAGAGCCAAUUCAAGCAGCUCCAUCAAGUCCUCGAUCAAGAAGAAUCAGCCAGUAUAGCAGCUGUGAAAAAAGAAGAAGAAGAGAAGAUUGCAGGAAUGAAGGAUAAGAUUAAAGAACUUUCAGCAGAAGUGUUGUCAAUCGCAGACACCAUCUCAGUCAUAGAGGGGCAGUUGCAAGAAGAUGAAAUGGUCUUUUUGAAGGUCUGUAUAGCCCAGAAUACAUCAACGUUUUCAUUAUCGUUCCUGAAACUUCCCACAUUCACAAUGAAUUUUUUCAUUUUCCAGAAUUUCAAAGACACUCAAGACAGAGGAAGAAGCAUAGCGCCCGAUUCAGACAACAUGUCCGGGUUACUGAUUGAUAUGACUAAGCAUCUUUGCAACCUCAAGUAUAGAGUCUGGGAGAAAAUGCUGGACCAUAUUGACUAUACUCCUGUGACUUUGGACCCAAACACAGCACACCCCUGCCUCAUCCUGUCUGAUGACCUCACUUCCCUUCACUAUUCAAAGCAGCCAAGCUGUUGCCCUGACAACCCAGAGCGUUUCCACAUGAGUGCUGAAGUGGUAGGUAUGACCUCGCUAGGAUCAGGAAGUCACCACUGGGUCGUGGAAACAGGAAGUAAUCAGGAUUGGCUCCUGGGUGUGGCUUCUUUGUCUGUACCGAGGAACGCUGAGAUCUCUGCUCGGCCCGAGAAUGGCUUCUGGACUUUGUGUUUCCGGGACGGAGAGUUCAAGGCAAUGACCUCGCCGCCCACAGCACUGACUGUUACAAGAACUCCCAAACAAGUCAAAGUGCAACUAGAUUACAACAAAGGGACAGUGUCUUUUUUUGACCCUAUUGAUGACACACUCAUUUAUGCAUUCACAGACACUUUCACAGAAAGUUUAGUUCCAUAUUUUUAUACACAGAACAGUCAUCCAUUGAGGAUAAUGCCAGAGAAGAUACUAGUCACAAUGCUGCGCCAAUAAGUGGAUGAAUGGUUUAUUAAUUAUGUAAAAAACAAAACAAAAAACAAAACACUCCCAGUUCCAUUUUGAUGGAUAAAAACUGGGAUUACAGGAUUGACAGGACGGUAACAUUAAUUUCUCUCACAGAGGGCUGCAAAAUAUUCUUCAUCCAAGUCAUUUUGCACCUUCAAAAACAUUACUUAUGUUACUUCCUCUUCCUUAAAGGAUACAUUUGGGAGAAUAAAAAGAUUGUCAAAAUAUGAAACUACCAGGAGCCAUUUUUUUUAGAUUCCCUUGAAUUAGCAAAAAGGUUGAAAACAGGAGGAAAUGGUAAACCUGGCUCUGUCUAAAGGUAAUAAAAUGUAUCUUCCAUCACAAGCUCAUUAAUUGACUUGUUUGUGACCUGUUUGUAUAAUCUAUACAAAAUAAAGGUAACACCUUCACACAGAGCCAAGUUUCAGUUCCUGUCAUUGUGCUAAAAUAAGCUAACUGGCUUAAUUUACCAGACUGGAAUGAAAGUUUGAUUAGAUUUGAUUAGUUAUUCAUUCUAUAUAAAUUUGACCUGACCUGAUCUAACUGUUGGCAACAAAACAAAUAAGUGCAUUUCCAAAAAUGAACUGGAAGAGGGUAAUUAUUUUAAAUAAAUAUAAAGAAGUUUUAAGUUAGUUAACUGGGUUUUGGUGUUUACAAGCAAAUCAAUUAUUUUUUUCUUUUACAUCGCCUGCUGUUUACAUCCAAAUAAGAGAUACUGUGCAGCUGUUUAUUAUUCUUCUAUUCAUGAUAACCAUAUUAUGUUAAACGCGAAUAUGGGAGAUGUUUUGUAACCCAUCCACACCAUGCACUUCAACAAAUACACCUCACACACAUGCAUACAUGAUGGUGUAAGGUUAAAAUGUAAAUAGAAGUAACAAUUCAUUGGUCUAAGGUACUCUACGCUCUACUCUUGCACUGUGUUCUGCAGCUUAUUGGUCUCUUUUGCACACACGAUGGCGCCAGAGUCAAACAAAUUCAGUGUGGAGACUCCUUUGAAUACAAACAUGCUGUUUGUAGUAGUUCAUCUUCCAGAACAUAAUCAGUUUAUUAAAACAUGAAUUCAUUCCA